ACUGCGACGAUUUAGUCUCGGGUGGACGCUCCGCUGCCAAGCACCGUAAUUCAGGCUUCCGCUGCUCUCUCGCUCUCGCAAUCGCAAUCGCAUUAUAUCCGACUGAUCGCGAAGUUCUUCGGCAUUAUGUGCGCCACGUGAUUGCUACGCUUUCUCGAAAAGCCGUCGCUACAUCAUCAACGAUAAUUCGGGCUUAAAUAGUGGCAAGUGAAUAACAAAUCUGAUAUUGUCAAUUAAUGCUAAUGCAAGAAUACCCCAGUGUGUGAAGUUAUCAAAAAUUCCUGACAUACUUAAAAUCUGGAUAAAAUAAAACAACAGCAAAAUAGUGAAUAUUUUAAAAGAAAAUAAUUUAUGUAGCUUUGGAAAUAUACAUCCUAAAUAAGAUGAACCAGCUGUGCAAAGUGUGCGGCGAGCCGGCGGCUGGUUUUCAUUUCGGGGCAUUUACAUGCGAAGGCUGCAAGUCCUUCUUUGGUCGCACGUACAACAAUAUCGCGGCGAUAGCAGGAUGCAAGCACAACGGGGACUGCGUGAUCAACAAGAAAAACCGCACGGCGUGCAAGGCGUGCCGGCUGCGCAAGUGCCUCCUGGUGGGGAUGUCCAAGAGCGGGUCGCGCUACGGCCGCCGCUCCAACUGGUUCAAGAUCCACUGCCUGCUGCAGGAGCAGCAGACGGCGACGGGCGUCGGGGGAGGGGGCUCGGCGGGAAGCGGGGCGGGAGUCGGGGUGAGCAGUGCGAGUCUGGAGCAACUGGCACGGCUGCAGCAGGCCAGCAACCAGGCGCGGCAGACCUACCAGGACAAGACCAAUCCCUGCAUCAAGUCGGCCACCGCAACUUCGCCCAGGAUCGAGGGAGCGGCUGUGGGCACGGGAGUGGGUGGCGCCGCUUCCCCCUCGUUCCUCCAGGCGGCCAAGUUCCGCCACCACCACCACCAGCGGCAACUGAAGCUCGAGUCCCGCCUCAGCAACACGCCCAGUGACUCCGGAGCGUCCUCCGCCGGGGAUCCCAACGAGGACGGAGCCACCAGCGUGCUGAGCGGUCAGAUCCCCACGCCAUCGUCGACGACCGCCACCAGCCUGCCCAAGUUGGAUCUGAGGCACCCCGCCUUCCCGGCCACCUCGGAACCGGAUGCGGACAUGCAGCGGCAGCGCCACCAGGAGCUGCUCGAGAUCUUCCGCAGCCACUCGGAGCCGCUGUACAGCUCCUUCGCCCCCUUCAGCCACCUGCCGCCCGUCCUGCUCGCCGCCGGCGUUCCGCAACUGCCCAUCUUCAAGGACCAGUUCAAGGCGGAGCUGCUCUUCCCGACGGCCAGCAGUCCGGAGCUGGAGGAGCCCAUCGACCUGUCCUUCAGGUCGCGGGCGAAUCCCAGUCCGCUGGUCCACACCUCCAACAGCCCCAGCUUGAGUGAACCCGCCGCAACGAGUCACUGUUUGGGGGAGUCCCCGAGCUUCGUGCGGAAGUCCACGCCCCUUGAUCUCACCCUGGUGAGGUCUCAAACCUUGACAGGCUGAGAUCAUCUCGGGAUCGCCGGAGAAUUCGAGCGCGAGUGCCAAACAAUUUCAAGUAGUUAAGGUUAGGGUAUGUACAAAGUAAUCAAUCAACUAAGUCGAUGGGUUUCGGGCAAAUAUUCGGGAUGAUCAUUUCUUUGCAAAUCUAUAUAAGACAUCUUCGGUUGCAUCUCUUUCCAUUUUUAAUUCUUCAAGAAUGAUUCAGAAUAUAUACAGAUAUUCAGUAUGAUGUAAAACAUAAAUUGAGAUUAUUUCAAUAUUGUAACCUAGGAAGAACUUUGAAAAUCCAUCGACUUGACAAGAUUUAAGAAGUAGAAAGAAAUUGAACAUUUUGGUGCCAGUGAAAAUAUGUACAAAAUCCAUAAAUAUUAUAUAUUACAUUAGCUCAAUGACAGUAAAUAAUUUUAACUUUAAUAAGUUUAUUUACGUUAUAUAUAUAAUAAAAUUUAGCCAAAUUUACUUAAUAAUAUCAUUUGAUGUGCUAUGUAAGUUAAUUUUUGUUUUCCUUAUUUAUGUU